AUGUCAAAUCAACCUGCUCAUCCUACCUUGUUCAUUCCAGGCCCUAUCGAAUUCGAUGAUGCUGUUUUACAGUCUAUGAGCCAUUAUAGUGAGAGUCAUGUCGGCGCACCAUUUGUAGCCGUAUUUGGAGAAACACUCCAAAUGCUUCGCAAGCUGUUCCAAUCCACUGAUCCCUCAUCCCAACCCCUCGUUGUCUCUGGUUCCGGUACUCUCGGCUGGGAUCUUGUCGCGGCCAAUCUUGCGGAGCCUGGUGAUGAGGUCUUGGUUCUUCAUACGGGCUAUUUUGCCGAUUCGUUCGCAGAUUGUUUUGAAACUUAUGGCGUGAAACCUACGCAAUUGAAGGCGAAGAUUGGUGAGAGACCUCAAUUGGAUGAGAUUGAGAAGGCGUUGAAGGAGAAGAAAUAUAAAUUGAUUACGGUUACGCAUGUGGAUACUUCGACGGGGGUAUUGAGUGAGUUGCAGAAAUUGAGUGAGCUUGUUCAUUGCGUUUCUCCAGAUACUUUGGUUAUCGUGGAUGGUGUUUGUAGUGUGGGAUGUGAGGAGAUUGAAUUCGAUAAGUGGGGGUUGGAUGCUGUUAUUACGGCUAGUCAAAAGGCAAUUGGUUGUCCAGCUGGUCUUUCAAUUUCCUACUAUAGUGGUAGAGCGAUUGAGAGUUUCAAGUCUAGGAAGACUCCUCCUGGGUCGUAUUUUGCUUCGUUUAAGAAUUGGUUGCCGAUAAUGCAAAACUACGAGGCUAAAAAGCCAUCCUAUUUUGCCACUCCCUCCCCUCAACUUAUUCACGCCUUGCACACCUCACUCACUCAAAUUCUCUCUAUUCCCCUCUCAGAGCGUUUCGCCCAGCACAAAGCUGUCUCUCAAAAGAUCAAACAAGCAGUAGCGGAUCUAGGCCUCAAGCAAUUGGCAUCUAACCCUGCAGAUCAAGCAAGUGGUAUGACAGCUAUUUAUCUUCCGGAAAAUGUUAAGGCUGCGGAUUUAUUACCUAGUUUGGGGAAGAAGGGAGUUAUUUUUGCGGGAGGACUGCAUAAGGAAAUUGCGGCCAAGUAUAUUAGGGUGGGUCAUAUGGGGGUUAGUGUUAUGGAUGAGGGGAGGGGCGAUAUAGAAAAGGCGAUUGAGGCUUUGGGGGUGGGGUUGAAGGAGGCUGGGUAUCAAAAGGCUUAG